CCCACACCCCCACGCAUCCCCCCUCUCUCGUCGUCGUCGUCGCCGCCGCCUCGCCGUCCCCCGCCAUUGGAGCCAUGGAUCUGGCUCCCGGCCGCCGCGCGCGACUGCUGGUGGCGCUGGCCCUCGUCGUCCUCGUGGCCCUAGCCGCGCGAUCCGGCGCCGAGGUCAUCACCCUCACCGAGGAGACCUUCUCCGACAAGAUAAAGGAGAAAGACACGGUAUGGUUUGUGAAGUUCUGCGUUCCAUGGUGCAAACACUGUAAGAACCUUGGAACACUUUGGGAGGACUUGGGAAAGGUUAUGGAAGGUGCGGAUGAAAUAGAGAUAGGGCAAGUGGACUGUGGUGUUAGCAAACCAGUAUGCUCAAAGGUGGAUAUCCAUUCGUACCCCACAUUCAAGGUGUUUUAUGAAGGUGAAGAGGUUGCAAAAUAUAAAGGCCCAAGAAAUGUGGAGUCACUGAAGAAUUUUGUUUCGGAUGAAGCCGAGAAAGCUGGGGAAGCCAAGCUUCAGGACAGUUGAACUGGAGCUCAAGUGUUCCAUCCUACCACAGUUAAGCAACAAUGUAGUACUGUUUGACAUGCUUAAACUUUUUGAUAUAGUGAGCUUGUACUUCCUCCUGGCGUUUAGUAGAAUGUUAACCACUGCAUGAGUCGCAUGAAACUAUGUAAUUUUCUGCUUCAUACUGCAUUCAAUUACAGCAUGCUAUACUAUAAAGAAGAGUUCAUGGAAAAAGCGCCUUUUUUUUUAAAAAAAAAGAAGAAGGCAUCAUAGAAGUUGCAUUCCAUGCCA